CUCUAGUUCACAGAGAGAUGGAGAGAAUGAGUGGAGAAGGGAAGGUGGUUUGUGUAACAGGAACUUCUGGAUUCAUAGCUUCAUGGUUAGUUAAGCUUUUACUUGAACGUGGUUACACUGUCAAAGCUACUGUUCGUAACCCAGAUGAUCCUAAGAUAAAACACUUGCAUGAACUUGAUGGAGCUAAAGAAAGACUUCCUUUGUUCAAGGCAAACUUGUUAGAGGAAGGAUCAUUUGAUUCUGCAGUUGAUGGCUGUGAAGGUGUUUUCCAUACAGCCUCCCCUGUAACUAUGUCAGCCAAUGACCCGCAGGCAGAAUUGAUUGAUCCUGCAGUGAAGGGAACCCUCAAUGUUCUUAGAUCAUGUGCAAAAGUUCAGUCUGUCAAGAGAGUUGUUAUAACAUCUUCUGUAGUUUCAGCUUUAUUCAAUGGAAAACCUCUUAACCCUGAUGUGGUGGUAGAUUAGACCUGGUUUUCAGAUCCAAGUUUUUGCAAGGAGUCAAAGUUGUGGUAUCCUCUUUCAAAGACCUUAGCCGAAGAGGCAGCUUGGAGAUUUGCAAAAGAGAAAGUGAUAUGAAUUUCUUCAACCUCAAUUCAUAUACUACCCUAAAACAACCACUUUUGACUCAACCUAGGCUAGGUUUUCUUCC